AUGGGUAAUUGCAAGUCUUAUUCUUCUCAUUUUAGUGUUAAUAAAAACAAUACUAAUGAAUUAUAUGAAAACUUAAUAUGUAAUUUUAUUGAAAAGGAUAAACUUUUGUUUUGCCCGAAAGCUUUUGUUAUAUAUGAAGUUUUAAAAAGAAAACUGGAAAAUAAAGAUGAGUUCAGGUAUUAUAUUGUGAGGACUCUCCAUAGGAAGAAAGUUAAGAAUGCUUUAAUUGGUUUAAAUGAAGAUUACAACAUCGAUGUUUUGAAUUUUUUAUUAAAAUUAUUUAAAAAGAUAAACAAUGAUUAUUAUAACAACAUAUUGAACUUUCAAUAUAGUAAUUAUUACAAUUAUUUUGUUCGUGAAGAUUCAAAAUUUGUAAGUUUCUCGGAACAAAUAAAUAUCAUUCAUGACAUAUAUAAUUUUGUACGUAUGAAAUAUGUACUUGAAAACAUUUGCUUACAUUUAUAUUUUGAAGUACAUGAUGAUUCUAAAGAAAUUUAUGAAUAUACAGAAAAAAAAAAUGGGAGUAAUAAAAAGAUGAGUACAGUAAAGGUAGUAAAAGAAAGAUCGAAUGAUUUAUUAAAUUUUAAGAAAAAGAGCAUAAGUAAUACAUUAAGAGAUAGAAACAAUAUGAUAUAUUUAAUAAAAAAUCGUUUUAAAAAAAUUGAGAACUUUUGUAAAAAUAAUUUACAUUGUAAUGUAUUUGAGAAUUUUAAAAUAUAUAAUAUGAUGUGUUUAUAUAUUUUAAAAAAUAAUUAUAAAAUGAAAUGUAUUUUAUAUAAUAUAUUUAGUAUUAUGUUUUUUAUAAAUAAUUAUUUUAAUAUAUAUAAUAAGGAACCAAUUACUAAUCAUAUAAAGAAAUUAUCAUUUAAUGAAGACAAAUCACAAAUAAAAAAUGAGUUUUUAAAAAAAUUCAAUAAAGAUGAAAUUAAAUAUUCCUCAUCUUUAGAAGAUAUAUAUAAAAGCUAUUUAUUUAUUUCUUUAUGUCUUAGUUCUGAUGAACAAAUUAAAGAACAUAUAUUAUAUAAUACAAUUAUUAAUAUGAAUCAAAAUCCAGUACGAUUCUCUAAAUGUAUUAGUGAAUUCUUAGAUAUGUAUAAUAUUUCACAAAAAAAAAUGAAUACCCUUUUUUCAUCAAACGAAAUGAUAGAUAAAAAAGAAAAGGAAAAAAGAAAAAAAAAAAAAAAAAAAAAAAUAUACGAAUGUUCACAUAAAACCAUACAGAAUUCUUAUAUUAAUGAUAAUUUUAUAAAUUCCCAUUAUAUUUGUCAAAAUCAAUAUAUAAAAAGUAUUUUAAAUAUAGGUAAUUCAAAUUAUCACAUAAAAAAUAAUAUGAUGAUAUUCUGUUUUGUCUUAUUCGAAAAUUCGACUUAUAUGCAAACUAGUUACAGAAUAAAUAAUAUAAUGAUCGAUCAAGAAAAAGACCAAGAAAAUGAACAAAAGGAAAAAAAAAAAAAAAAAAAGAAGGAACUGUUAUUUAAUAAGAGUAAAUCAAGUGAUGAAAUGAAUAUACCAUUGACUGAGAAGAAAAAAAAUAAACAGAAAGAGAAGAAAUUUAAAUUUAAGUUGAAAUUUUAUAAAAAGAGCUUGAAAACGGAAAAUAAUAGUAGUACAAAUAACGAACAUGAAGAAAAUUUACAAAAUACAUAUGAAUUAAAAAAAAACUAUUCAUAUAAUAAUUCAGAUUAUAAAAAAAUGGAUCAUAUUUCCUUUGAUUUAAAUAGGAUAGGUUUUUUUAGAAUUGAUUUGUAUAAUCUUAUGCAAGAAAAAUUUGAAGACAAUAUAGAUGAAAAUAUGGAUAACUAUAUAAAGUUAUAUACCAUAAAAAAAAAAAAAAUUAACAAUACAGAAGAUGAAAAUAAUAAAAGAGGAAGCAGUAAAUACAUUUAUGUGAAGAAAAAAAUUAAAACCAAAAAAGAUUAUGAACUAAUUGAAACUAUGAAAGAUAAUUUCAUACAUGUUCUUAAUGUUUUAAAAACUAUGAGAAACAAAGAAAUAUGUUAUAUAUCAUCAGCAAAUACUUUUAACGAAUCAUAUGAUAAAAAUACAAAUGAUUACAAAACAAAUGUAAGUUACACACAAAUAGAAAGUAUUGAUUAUUCAUUUAAAUCUAAAAGCAGUGAUAAGACAUUUAAAAAAGAAACUGAUGUGAAUUGUUCAGAAAAGAAUGAACAUAUUCCAUCUGAUCAAAAUGUAAAUGAGGAACACAAUGAUAAUGAUAUAAAUACAAUAUGUAAUGAGAACAGUGUAGGAAAAAAUAGAAAAAGUAAUGUAAAAAUUAAUGAAGGAAAUAAUUUAAUAAAACCAUUUUUUAUAGGAGUGCAUGACAUAUUUGUUCCUUUUGAUAUGGAAAAACUUAUUCUUCAUAAGUCACAAGAUACAUUUGAAUUUAAAGAUAAAGAAAUAAUUAGAACAAAGACUACACCUUUAUAUCGAAAAAUACCUAAUCAUUCCAGAGUACAUGUAAGAAGAUGUGAUAAUCCUAUAUUAAAUCAAAAUGAAAUAAAAAAGAAACAUAUAACAUCAAAGGGAGCAAACAAAAAAUUUCAUAUUAAGGGAAGAAGUUAUACAGAAAAUGAAAGUUUUUAUAAAAGUGCUAAUGUAAGAACAAAUAAAAGCAUCGAACUUAAUCGAAAAGAUGAUUCCUAUAAUGUUUUUUAUGUAAAUGGAGAAAGUGAAUUACUGUUUAGUAAAGAUAGCUUAAAUUUUGAUAAUAUUUAUGAGAAUCCAACCUUAAUGAAUAUAUUUGAAGAAAUGAAAUAUAGAGAACAAACAGAAGAAUUAUUAAAACUAUAUAAUUUUACUACAAAAAAAAAAAACAUGAACGAAUUUUUAAAUAAAGUAAAAAUAUAUGGUAAGACAAUAUGUAUUAAGGAUACACCUAAAGAAAAUAAUGAUGAUAUAUAUACUGAUUAUAAUUAUUAUAAUAAUUAUAAUUAUUAUGAUAACGAUGAAUAUGAUAAUGAUGAAUGUGAUAAUGAUGAAUAUGAUAAUGAUGAUGUUAGUAACAAUAAUCGUUAUGAAUAUGAAAAACAUUUAACACUUUUUAAUAGAAAUAAAAUGAAAAGUAUUGCAACAUAUGAAGAUAUGGAGAAAAUAAAUUCAAAAAAUAAAGGAAAAGAACAAAAUAAUAAAGAAAAAAAUUCUAUUGAUGAUGAAAUAGAUAUGGAAAAUUAUGAAGAUGAUAUAGGACAAAAUAAUGAUGAUGAUCUAAAUAAUAUUAAUAACGAUGAAGAAGAUGAAAAAAUAAAUGAAAAUUUUUUUAAAGAUUCUUUAAAAAUAUUUAUACAACACAAACCAAUGGGUGAAAUGUGUAAUUUUGUUAAUAUGAAAUAUAUACAUAUUUCUUUUAAUAUGUAUAAAGUAUAUGAAGGAAAAAAAAAACUAAUACUUAGUACAUAUACAAAUAAUGAAAAAAGUGAUUCAUUACAAAAAGAUAAUGAAAAGGAAAAUGAAAAAAAUAAUAUAAAUUAUAAUAUAAAUGAUAAUAUAAAUGAUAAUAUAAAUGAUAAUAUAAAAGAUAAUGUAAAAGAUAAAGAGGAUGAAACCAAAUGUGUGGGAAAAAUAGAAUAUAAUAUUACAUUAGAUAAAAAUGAAAAUUUUAAAUAUAUAAUAGAUUUAAUAUUUUUGCAUUUAAAUUAUAAUAGAUGUUAUUAUAUAUAUAUACCCAAAAGGCUGUUAGUUAAUUUUAUGAAUAAAGGUGGAAUUCCAGAAGAUAAUAUAUUUCUUAAUUCUAUGAAUUGUAAUUGUGAUAUAGUUUUAGAAAAUUUAUAUAUCAUUGAUCCUAAUGAUUGUAUUCCGAAUAAUAAUUUAACAAAUAUAUCUAUUCCUUUAUAUUUUGAAAAAAUACAUUUUGUCGAAAUUGUUUUAUUUCUUUUAUGUGAUGUAUUAAAAAUAUAUAAUAAAAUAAAAAAACUAAAAAAAUAUUUUGAAAAGAAAUGUAUAGAAUUUAUAAAAUUAUUUUAUGAUUAUUUUGAUACUCAAUUGAAAAAGGUAAAUUAUGAAUAUUGUAAAGAAAAAAAAAAUAAUAUAUUAUCACUUCCUAAUGAACUUUUAAAAAAAAGAGGUUCCAAAAAAUUAGAGAAUUAUACUAUGUUAAGUAGUGGUAUUAACAUUUCUUCAUUAAGGCAUAUUUCAAAUUUGAGUGAGGAAAAAUAUAUUACUACUAAAGAAGAUAAUAAUAAUAAUUAUAAUAAUAAUAUGGAUAUUAAAUCAUUAAUAAUUAAUGUUUCAUCUACAUUAAUUUCAGAAAAUUGUACAACUAAUGUUAACAACCAGGUGAAUAAUAUGAAUCAAGAAAAUGAUGAUGAUGAUGAUGAUGAUUCUAAAAAUAAGAAAAAAUCAAACAACACCACCACCAACAAUAAUAAUAAUAGCAAUAAUGAUAAUAUUAUUUUUAAUAAUAAUUUUAGUACAUAUAAAUGUAAUGGUGAAAAUCCUUUCGAUAUUGGAUAUAAAUAUAAUAAUAUUUAUAUAAAAAUAAUAGACGUAAAAUUAUAUGAUUUUAUUUUAGAUUAUCUAAACUAUAUAAAAGAAAAUAAUAGUUGUUAUUAUUUAUGCCCAUAUAUAUUUGUUUAUAAAUUUAAAGGACUUUGCUUCCUUUUUGUUCCUGUAUGUAACAACUUUUAUUUACUUUUUUAUCAUUUCUUUUUUCAUUUCCUUAAUUGUUCAGAUUUUUUUAGUUUCAAAAAAUGUUUUAAUCGAAAUAUUAAUAAUAAUGAUGAUGUUUCUAAAAUACAAUAUGCUGUACCCACAAAUCAUAAUUUUCUAUAUAUUAAUAAUAUAAUUAAAAUAUUAAAUAUACAUAAGAAUAAUAAAAUGUAUGUGAAAUAUAUUUCAUUAAACAAACAAAUGCAAAAUAAAGAAACUGUAUAUUAUUAUAAAUGGAUUAAAAGCAAAAUUGUUAUUGAUAUUAGAAACUCUUUUUCAUCUCCAUAUUUUAUUCGUACGAAGAAUUUUAUUAGUUUCAUUGAAAAUACAAAUUUAAAUAUAUGUCUAAGGAAAUUAUAUUUAAAUAAAGAUUGUGCAUUUUCUGUAAAACUUGAUAAAAAGAAUAAGAAUAAUGAAAAUUCAUCUGCUUUUAAUGAUAUCAUAUGUUUGUUUAACCAGUAUUUUAAUAUGUUUACUUAUUUCUAUGAUGAAAAAAAAAUAAGUAGAAAUAAUGAAUUAUUUCGUCACAAUAGAUAUAUAAUUAUCCCGUAUUUUAAUGAUAUUUAUAUUAAUCGAAAUAACUUACUUAUUUAUUGGAAAAUGUUAGAAGAUUUUAAAAAUGCUAAAACGGAGAAUAAGACUAAUGAUUCCAAUAAUAGAAAUGACAAUGAUAAUUAUAAUAGCAGUAAUCAAAAUAUUAAUUAUAAUAAUAUAAAUAACAGUAAUGAUAAAUGUUUGAAGGAAGCUGAAAAAAAUGAAUAUCAAAAUAAAUAUGGAAUGAACGAAAAUAUAAAGGAUGAUGACUACUACUAUAAUAAGAAUGAUAAUGAAACGAAAAAUCUUAAAUAUUUUUUUAUUUAUAAUAUAUAUGAAGUCCAUAGAGAUAUCUUCAUAAAUUAUUUUUAUUUGUUAUUAAACAAAAUAAUAGUAGAAGCUGUAAAAGAAUUAAAAAUAAAUAAUUUUUUAAGUAUUCAUAAUUUAUUACAAUUAUUAAAUAAUUAUGAAAUAAAUUUCAAUAUGUUUUUUUGGGUAUUAUAUGAUAAUUAUAUAAAUAUUUAUAAAAAAUAUAGUGUUCAUACAGAACUUGUAAAUUUUUUUAAUAAUAAUAAUCCAAAUAAAAGUUACGUUCUCGAUUCUUUUAAAAAACAAAAAUUUAAUUAUUGUAAUAAAAAGAAGUUUUAUGUAAGACGGAUUUUAGUAUUUUGCACAUGUAUAUUAUUAUCUAUUAUAUGUAGAAAUAUAUGUGAAUUUUUUAUAACAGAAUUAAAUUAUUCUUAUGAAAAUGUAUUCAGUGUAAUAUCUUACUUUUUCUUUUCUAAUAAGAAGCUUCCUCAGAUAAAUGAUGAUAUAAAUUUGAAUUUUUUAAAGUCAAUUUAUUUUAAUUUAUUUGUAUCCUUAAGCUUUGUUUUGCAAUAUAUCCCAUUAAAUGUCCAAUACUUAAAUUUGUUUAAACUUAUAAAGAAAGUAAGAAAAUAUAAAUUUAUUUUAGCUAUGUGUUUAAAUCAUAUAUGUGGUAUGAAUAUACCUUUUUACCUUUUUUGUGAACUUUAUAAGUUGCCUUUACCUAUGUUAAAUGAUUUCUUUUCUUUUAAUAAAAAAAUGUGGAAUCAUUGUUCUAAUAAUUCCGAAUUAACAAAUUCAAUAACUUUGAACGAAUUAGAAGAAAAUUAUUAUGAUGAAAUUGAUUUGAAAAUGGAUGAGAAAGAAAGUAUUCAAUGGAUAAACGACAAUUUUGAUUUUAAUAUAUCAAGUGAUUCCUUACGUCUUUUUAAAAAUAAAAAGAUAAAUAGACAAAUAUAUAAAUGUUUUCAUUAUAAAACAGAACACAAUAAAUAUAAGAAUCUUAUAAAUCUUAUGAUUAAGUUGAAUUUUAAUUCAUGUCCUAAUUUAUAUACAUUUCAUAAUAUUGAACACGCUUCAGAUAAUAUAUUAACUUAUUCUACAUAUAACAAUCUUUUUAAAUUCAAACAAAAUAAUUAUAAUAAUAAUAAUAAUAAUGAUCAUAAAAAUGAUGAUACGAAUGAUGAUUUUUUCAUAAUUAUUUUUUCACAUUUUCUUAAUUUCAUAUACCAAUUUUGGAAUAAAGGAAUUUGUGAAGUAAGUGAGUAUGAAACAUUACGUAGUGCAAGCUAUUCAAGUCAAGAUAUAGAAUAUUCAAAUAAAAUACAAAAAAACAACAAAUUAAAUAAUAUAAAUAUAAUUAUGCAGAAUACAUUAGAUUAUUGUGAAAAAACAAAUGAAUAUUUAAGAGAAUCAAGUAUACUAUUAGAAUAUUAUAAUAUUUUUAAAGCAAGUACUUGUUUACAAUUGUGGAAUCAACAAAAUAUAAUGGAAAAUGAUAUUUUUGAUUGUCUCUUACAUAUCAUAGAAAUGCAUUAUCCUCAUUUAUUAAUUAUUCUUCCAAUAUUUUUGAAAGAAAAUUUUAAUCUCUUAACAUAUGAUAUAAAAGUAUAUCUAAUAAACAUAUUUUUCUUUAUUUUUAUUAAAACAGAUAAAUAUAAAAUAUAUAAACAAAAUAAUAAAAAAAAGAAACAUUCAGGAAGUUUAUAUAAUAAAAUUAUGAAUAGUACAAAUUUUAUAGAAAAUACUAACAAUGUCGUAUUGCAAGAUGAUAAAAAGGGUCCUAAUGAAGUAUUAAAACAUGCAUCAUUUUCGAAGGAUAUUUUUAUGGACCCAUAUGAUUAUGCAAGCAGAAGGAAUUUUUUCGAAAUGAAAUCUGAAAUGAAUACUGGAUCAUAUAACAAAAUGAAUAUCGGAUCAUAUAACAAAAUGAAUAUUGGAUCAUAUAACAAAAUGAAUAUCGGAUCAUAUAACAAAUUCAAUUAUGAAACAGUUGACGAUUUAGAAUAUGAAUCUGAAAACAAAACAGAUAUACAUAAUAGUAUAGAAUCCGAAAGUGCAACUGAAAGUGAUAUGGAGAUAAUAUAUGAAAAUAAUCCAAAUUGGAAUAAUAUUCAUAAUGACAAACUAAAAAUAAUUUUAUUAAAUAAUGAUUAUAAUAUGUAUUUAAUGCAAUUUUUUUUCAAAAUUGUUUUACGAAUAGUUCCAUUUUUCAAGGUAAAGAAUCAAAAGAAACCUGUAAAUAUGAUGAAAUCAUCUAUAAUAUACAACAUCGCAAUUAUAUUAAAUAUGCUAAAAUCAUUUAAGAAUAUUAUAUUAUCAACAAAAAAUAAUUUCUGUGUAUUUAUUUAUUAUUUUUUUAUAAAAGGAUAUAUAUCAUUAUUUUUAGUGAAUAUAAACAGAGCCCAAAAAUACUUUAAAAAAGUAUUUCUUCUUCUUUUAUUUUUUUUUGGAAAUCCAAUGUGUUCUUUAAACUCUCAUCCAUUUUUGUUAUAUGUUACAUAUAUUUUAUAUUGUUUAACUGUAUUAUCCAAAUUAAAUAUGGGAAAAUUUUAUGAAAGUGUUCAAAAAAGGGGAAUAAAGUUGUUUAAGAAUAAUAAUUAUGAUAAAGACGAACAGUUAUGUAAAGACAAUAAUGAUAAUAGCUAUGAUGAUAAUAAUAAUAAUAAUAAUAAUAAUAAUAAUAAGAAGAAGAAGAAGAAGAAGAAAAUUUAUUGUAAAAAUGAAAAUACUGAAGAUGAAUCUUUUAAUAUGAAGAAUAAAACAUAUAAUUUUGACCCUAAAAAUUAUAUCAUUGACAAUAAAAUGCGUAAUAAUAUUAAUUAUGAGGAUAAAGAAAAUGAUACUUUAUUUAGUGAAGAAGACAUAUCCAUAAAUAAUAUAUGGCUAAAACAGAAAUAUGAAAUAUGGAUGCUUUUAGAAAUACUUCGCUCAAUUAAAAACAAUUAUAUAAAAUUUAAUAAUAAUAUAUAUUUAGUACCUUUGAAUUAUUUGUUUAUAAAUAUAAAAAAACUUUUGAAACAAUGCAUACAAGAAAAGAAAAAGAUUAAGACAGUUGAUAAUGUAAAUAACCAUUAUAAUAAAGAAAAGCAUUUUAGAAAAAAUAGUAACGGAAUGGAUUUAAUAAAGAAAGAUGAAUAUGAUGUUAAUUCAUUUUUAAUGAAUACUGUUAAUAUAAAAGAUAAAGUACCAGAUCAAAACUUAUUAAUAAAUAUCAAUAACAGUUAUUUAGCAUUAUAUCCUACAACUGAAAAUGUAAAUGUUCCAGAAGUUCAUAUAAAUGAAGAUAUUGAUAAGUCAUUUUUAUAUUAUUCGGAAUUAGAAAAAGAACAAAGAGAAACUAAUAGUUUUUAUAAUAAUGAAGAGUAUGAACAAAUGAAAAAUUCCAAUAUUGUAGAAAUUGGAAAUCCUAUAAUUAAAGAUAAUGAACAAGCCAAAGAAGAAUUAUAUAAAAAAGGUAAACCUAUAGAAUGUGAAGAUGAAAACGAACAUGAAAUAAAUGAAAUGGAACAAGAAAAUAAUACAUAUUUUUUAAAUUCUCGAAAAUCAACAAAUAAUUUUUAUUAUAAUGAAGAAAAUAAACUUAGAAAAAAUAAGAAUAAUAAAACAAUGCAUUAUGGAUACAUUGAUAAAAAAGACAUUUGUAACAUAUUAUUAUAUAACUUAAUAUUUAUUAAUAAAAUGAACAAAAAAUUAAAUAAUUGCAACAAUAUUGGUUAUUACCAUUUUAAAUAUUGCAACUUUAAAAAAAUUGUUAUAAAUUACAAUAAGUAUUAUAAAAUGAUAUUGGAAGCGUUUAAGAGUAAAUUAUGCAAAAAUUAUUAUGCCUACACAUUUGGAAAUAAUGAAAAUGGAACACUUGCUAUUGGUAAACCUUCUUAUCUAAAGCUAUCUCCAACUAUUGGUUCACUUGGAUAUGAUAAAAAUAAAAAGAGUAUAAAACAAGGUAACGAUUUUUGGUUUACGAAUAAUUUGCAACUACUCCCAAUUAAGAUUAAAAAAAUAUGUAUGAAUGAAGGAAUGAUUUCAUUGAUUGAUAAAAAACAUAAUUUAUAUAUUGCUGGUAAUAAUACAUUUCUUGGAUCAAAAAGUGAAUUCUAUUUUAAAAGGGUAAAGUCAAAAGAUAAUUAUGUAGGAGAAAAUGUACAUGGUAAAUCAAAAAAAAUACAUGACAAAAUAAAAAUAGAUAAAUUCUUUAUGAAUUUAAGAUUAAAAAAAAUUAAAAAAGAGGAAAAGGAAUUCCUUGAUUACAAUAGUUCAUCUGGAGAUAGUGAUAAUGUCCUAUUUGAAAAAUCGUUAUCAUAUAACGGAACGACAAAAUUUUUAAAACGUUUAAUUUUUCAAAAUGAUAAUUUUUCAGUAUUUGAUAGAAACAAUGAAGAUACAGUAUAUAAAAAAGCAUGUGAAAAUACCAUGGGUAUAUCCAUAAAUAUGAUAUAUGAUAAUUUUAGUUCUUGUGAAAGUGACAUACAUUCAUCUAUUGAUAGUGAUGAUAGUGAUGCGACGUACAUUAAAGUUAGUGAUAUAGAAGAAAUAAAUAAAAAUUUAAGUAUUAAUACUUUAUUAAAUAAUGAUGAACAUAAAUCUUUCUAUGUACAAAAAAAAAGCUAUUCUCUAAAAAAGGUGUCUAUAGAUGAUAUUAAUAUAUAUAACAGCAUAUUAUACUAUUCAUCUUAUGAUAAUCAAUAUUUAACACAUAUUCUUCCAAACUACAUUUCUUCUGUAAAAAUUAUGAACAAAUAUUGUAAAAAACUUUCGUAUGAUUAUUAUAAAGAAAAAAACAAUGCAAACUUAAAAUAUCAAGAAAAAAAUGUACACGGAGAAAAAAAGAAUUAUGAUGAAUAUGAAAAUUCACAAAGAUAUUUAGAAGAAUCCGAGCAUGGAAAAACUAGUAAAGGGUAUUAUAAGAAUAAUAGCAUGAUGUCAUCAAGAGGAAAAGUUGAUAAACUCUUAAUGGAAAAUAAUGUAAAUAAUUUUAAGUUUAUUUAUAAUUUUAUACAUGAUAUUAAAAAUAGAAUAAAAUUUAUUGAUAUUUAUAACGGUUCAGAUUUUGUUAUAUCAAUAAACAAUUUUGGUCAUGUAUAUGCAUGGGGAAAUAAUAAAUAUGGAUGUUUAGGAACUGGGGAUACCAUUAAUAGAUAUGUUCCUACAUUAAUUGACCCAGGUUAUUUCUUUUUAUAUGAUUUUGAAAAGUUACAAAUACAUACAAGUUACAAAACAGAAAUUUCAAUAAAAGGUAUUGAAAAAACAAAUAGCAUGUGUAAUGAAAAUAUUUUGUAUAAUUCUUUAUUACAAGAAGCAAUUAAAAAAAAUAUUUAUCAUAAACAUAUAAAAGUUCAAAAUAAUAUAAAAGAAUCCUUUAUUAAAUGUAAUGAGGCGGAUUGUAGAUCUGUUAAUUCAAAUAAUUUCGUAAGUCCAAAUAAACAUUUUAAAGAUGACCUUUUAGUGACAUUAAAAACAGAUAAUAUUUAUACAUCAGAACACAUGCUUAAUUUUGAAAACAUAAAUGUUGACAAUGUAACGAUAAGUGUACAAAAAAUUUACGUUCCCAUUAGUUCCAUUUUUUGUGGUAAUAAUCAUGUUUGUGCAUAUUCAAAUGGAUCCAUAUUUAUGUGGGGUGAACAAAAAUUAGGUCAAACAUCCACACCUUUUGAAAAUAUCUACUUUGAUAUUUAUAAUAAAUUACCAAAAUCAGAUAGUGAUUCAGAUAAUAAUUAUAAAAUAAAAAAAAAUGAAAAAAGAGAAAGUAAAAAGAGUAAAACAAAUGAUUUCUUAUCUUCAAGUUCUUCAGAAGAAUAUUACCUUAAUUUAUUAGAUAGGAAAAAACUUGAAAGUAUGAAAAAUAGAUAUAACAAAAAUAAAAUUUUAUUUUGUAAGAAAAAAAUUAGCUUCAGUGUAAAAAACCCAAUGCAAAAUUAUUAUAACAUAACUAAUGAUGAAAUAUUCCUUAAUAACAGAAAAUUAAAAUUGUGUUCUAAUUUAAAUGCAACAAAUAAAAUUAAAAAGAAAAAAGUUAACAACAAUUUAGUUCUUAUACCCAUUCAAGUUUGUGUAUUUAAUUUAUCCUAUAGAGUAAGAAAAAAAAUAACAAAUAGUACAAAUGACAAAUACGCCAGUAAUAAAUCCAAUGAAAAUGAAGAAAAAUAUGAAAAAGAAACGUUAAAGAAUUCAAAUUAUGAUUUUAAUAGUUUUCCAACUGGUCAAAAUAAUGAUCGCCACAUUAAGAAUGAGAAUAUAAAUAAAAAUUCUGAGGGAAAUGUAUCAACACAAAAUUCAAAAUUAAAAAAUUCUAGUACUACUACUACUACUACUAAUAAUAAUAAUAAUAAUAGUGAUUAUACAAGAGUUUAUGAUUUUCUUGAAUCAUUUAUAAAAGGUGAAAUUGUAAAUAUGUAUAUGAACAUUUUUAGAAAUGAUAUAAAUAUAUAUACAAAUAUUCCUAAUAAUAUUAAUAUAAAUCCAUACAUAUAUGGAAUGAAUUUUUACGAUUACAAUUUUUAUAAUGAGAAAUAUAAGAACUUUCAAAAUUAUUUAGGAGAGGGAAGAAAUGAAAAUGAAUUUAAUGCCAAUAAUAAUGCUCAAAAGAAUUCAUAUUUUUCUUCAAAUGAAAAUUAUAAUAAAUAUAAAGAUGACACUUUAAAUAAAAAAAUGAACGAUGGAAAAUAUACUAAUAAAAAUGAAGAUGAAUAUGCUAAAUCAUCCAAAAAAAUCGAUCUACUUAAUAUUGAAGAUCCAAAUAAGUUUGUAAAACUCAUGAAAGAAAAUGAAAUGAUUAACCCACAAAUAUAUGAAUACAUUGAUAAGGAAGAAACUGUAUGUAUUAACAUUAAAUUAAUUAUUUUCUUAUUUUUAUUUAUAAAGAAAAAAUACAUGACUAUUUUCUUGAACAGUGUUCAAAUGGUGGCAAAUGUGUCAUGUGGUGAGGCUAAUACCGUAAUAACAUGUUUCAAAAAAAGUAUUUAUGAUAAAUAUUACAAAUAUAUAAUCAAAAAUAUUACUUGUUUAGAAAAUUAUAAACAUUUAGAAAGUACAAAAUUGAAGUCAAAAUUAAAAUUAACGUAUCCAGAAUAUUAUUUUAGUUCAGCGAGUGAAAACAGUGAACAUUUUUAUAGAAACGAUAUAUAUGAUGUUAAAAAUUAUACGACUUCAAUUGUAAAUUGGGGAGAUAAAUCAUUUGAUGAAUACAAAAUAAUAAAUUCUGCAUAUUCUCGUUCUGAUACAUCUCGCUUUUAUCAUAUGAUAGAUGAAAUAUUAGAAAAUUAUAUGUGUAUUUAUGUAUGUGGUAGGGAUACAAAUAAUAAUUUAUGUGUCAAUCAUAUUAAUCAAAGUAUAUACACAUUUACCCGAAUAAGUAAUAAUUUUUUUUAUUACAACUUUAACAAUUUUCUAUAUUUAUAUAAAUAUAAUUAUUAUUUGUAUUAUAUACAUAAAAAUAAAGUUCAUAUUAAUCAUAACAAUGAUGUAUCAUACAUUCAAAACAAUCCUCUUACCUUAUUUAAGAAUAAAUUUAACAUAAUAAAUAAUAAAGAUGAUAAUAUGAAUCUGAAUCAAUCUAAUUCAAAAUGUCAAGGUGUUUCACCAAAACAAUUUAUAAUAAUAAAAAAAAUUGUUUGCAGUAAUAUUGUUACAUGCUUAAUUGAUAUAUAUAAUAAUGUUUAUAUUUCUGGUGAUAUAAAACAUUAUUUUCCAAACCAUUUUCAUCAUAUUGCAUAUGCAUCAUCACCUUUUGUUAAAAUCAAUUUGAAUAACAAUAAAACAAUAAAAAAUGUAUCAAUUAGUCAAAAUAACAUAUUUUUAGUAUAUGACGACAAUAGUUUGGAAAUAUUGGGUUAUAAUGAUUAUAUCGAUUUCUUUGAAUAUAAUCAUCCUAUAUUUUUUACGAACAAACAUAAUCAUAAACAUUCAUAUAAUAUUGUGAAUAUUAAAAAAUCAGAUUUCUUGGUAAAACAAAUACAAACAGGAAACAAUUGUGCUGUAAUAGUUAUGAAAAAGAAAAAAGGCAAAAAAAAUAGGAAAAAAUCAAUUAAAUACUUUAAUUAA